AUGCAUUCCUUAGCCAUCUGCCUCCUCUUUUUUCAUCUUCUCUUUUCCACCAUUGCCAUUGAAACCCAGCAACCUUGUAAAUCUACCGAAUGUUAUCUACUGAAUUGUGGCUCAUCCUCCAACUUAAAAUCAUCAGACAACCGGUACUGGGAAGGUGAUAAUCAUUCAAGCUUUUCUGAUCAGCCAAAAAUAUUGGAAGCAGGAUCAUCAUCAGCAUCUAAUGCCUCAGAAAAAGAUCCUUUUGUUCCCCAAGUCCCUUUCAUGACCGCUCGUAUCUUUCUCUCCAAAUUCACCUAUUCUUUCCCUGUGACGUCCGGCCAAAAGUUUAUCCGCCUUUACUUCUACCCAGCUACAUACUCCGGCCAUGCCAAAUCUCAGUUUUUCUUCUCUAUCACAGCCAAUGGUUUCACCCUCACAAAAAAUUUCAGCGCUUAUCUAACUGCUUCAGCUAUGAAUUCACCUAAUCCCACUUUAGAAAAAGAGUUCAUCGUCAACAUGCCCAAAAACGAAAGGCUACUCAACAUAACCUUUAACCCAUCUCCAAGCUCUUAUGCCUUCAUUAACGGCAUCGAAGUGGUUUCCAUGCCGGAAAAUCUCUACUUGGGCCCUAUUGAUAAGCCUAUAGUUUUCGUAAAUAACAUGGAAACUUCGAUCCAACUCGAUAUGGGAACUGCACUUGAGACUGUUUACAGGGUGAGCGUCGGAGGCGGCCAGAUGAUCUCUGGUGUAAAUGAUACAGCUGGAAUGUUUCGUACAUAG